CCCCUCCUUCCCCCCUAACUGCACACUCCCAUAAGAGUCCCUCCAACCGUCGCACAAUGACAACCGCAGACCCAGCCGCCCCCUCCUCUUCCUCCUCCUCCUCCUCCUCCACCAACCACCCAGCGCACGCCCUCCACGAUGCCCUCGCCCUCCUCUCCGACCCCACCGCCACACCCGAGUCGCUAUCAGCCGCCUUACAGACCAUCCACCUCGCUCUCGAAGGGAGGAACGCCCGCGAUGUGACGGCUUUCAUGCAGACGUACGACGUCACCCCCGCGCCGUUUGUGGCGCUGUUAGGACGGGCGACGACGGAGGAUGCGGUGGGGAUGGUUGCAAGGAUUGUGGAGCGGUUGUUGGUGCCGCUUACGUUUGGGGAGGUUGUAAGGGAUUAUCAGCCGCUGGUAUUGCAAGGCCUGUCGAGCCCAAGCGGCAGCGCGCGGAAGCUCGCCCUUGCGGCGCUGGAGAAGGCUGCGGGGGAUCCCAAGGAUGUGGAUGCGUUGGUCCACUCGGAGUUCUUUGCACCGCUCCUCGAAUGCAUCGCCUUCCCGGACGUGGAUGUCGCGUUACGGGUUCAGGCCCUCAUCUUUGAGCUCGCCCUCACCCCUCCGGGCCUCGCAUCCCUCACCGACCCCUCCACUGUCGCCCUCCUCACCCGCCUAACCCACCACACCACGGAAACAACCAAAUUCCGCGUCUACGACCUCUGCGUCCGGAUCGCGUCCACGUCCCCACAGGCCCUCGACGCGUGUCUCCGCGCAGGCGUGUUGAAAGAUCUGCUGGAGGAGCUGCAGGUGGAGGGGGAUGUGUUGGGACGGUUGAAUGUCGUGCAGGUGUUCACUCGGUUCCUUGACACAGACCCAGGCGUAACGUUCAUGGGAAACACCCCCGUCCUUUCGCAGCUCGCUUCCCUCCUCGACGGGGAGAUGGAGGAGAUCGAUGACGUGCUCGUGGGAUGCGCCGUGGUCAAGUUCUUUGCGGAGAUGGCUGCGAAGAGGCCAUCAGAAUUCCUCACCUUCGCCACCUCCCACCCCCUCCUCGCAACCCUCACCCGGCACCUCACCCCUUCCUCCCCCACCCAAACCGCCCUCCCCCUCGCCACCCUCACCCUGCUCGCCAACCUCGGCGCCACACCCGCCGGGCUCCUCCACCUCCACCGCGAACACGCCUUCCUCGACCACUACCUCGCCCUGGCCCCGCCCGCGACGGGGGAGCUCAAGCUGGCCGUCCUGCAAGCCGCCAGCUGUCUCGUCGGCUGCACACCCCCCCCCGACGCGGACGCCGGCGUCCUCACCGACCUCACCCACGCGAUCUUCCUCCGCGUCCUCGCCGCGUCGCCGGAGGCCCCACCCCCGCAUCUAGCGCGACUCCUCCCCUACGCCCGCUCCGCGUUCGUCGACCAGCGCGUCGCGGCCUGUGCGCUGUUUGCCGCCGCCGCCGCGCAUGCGUGGGGCGUCACCGAGGCGAACGCCGAUGCCGAGUUUGUGAGGUGGCUGCUGGAGAGGCAGGGGGAGGCGGAGACUGUCGUCAAGGAAUGGAAGUACGCGAUCAUCAAGCGACUGAACACGCACCCGCUCGCGGGGCAGCUGCUUGCGCCCGAUCUGCGGGCACGCUUCGGGACGUAUAUUGCGCAGGGCCCGUUUUAUAGGGCUGUUGAGCCUGUUGUUGCUUUUGGGGGGGCGUAAUCAUGGAGGGGUGUCCUGUAUAUUGGGAGCGGCAGUAUGCGUUGAUGGUGAAUUCACAGAUGGCGGUGGGGGGAUGUAGUCUAUGUAGGUUUUGUGUAGAUACGGUAUGGUGGAUUCUAUGAUAGGGGAUUUUGACCUCAGCAGUACGCCGU